UUGGGAAGCCUCCGCGCUCCAGCUGUAGCGACGCAGCACGGCCCGGCACGCCACGGCGCGGUUGCUACGUCGCGUCAGUGACGCCGACAACCGGGCACGGCGCUGUUGUGGACUCGCGCAGACAAGGCGAGGGGGACCCGACAGCGGGCAGGCUCAGCCUCCACCAGUCGGACUUCAAACCACCGGGACUCAUGUGUGAAAGCCGAGCCUGCUGACUGGGGGAGGAGGGAGAAAAAAGAAAAAAGAAAAAAGAAAAGUGGCCUUUGACUGGGAGUAGGUGCGGCCCGGCUCCGGGAACCCCGAGCGGAUAUUUCUGGAAUAUCCCACUAUGCUGGAAUACUCAUUGAGUCGCCCCAAAUGCUCAAGGAGACCACCGCGCUUAGGCUUUAUGCUGAUUUCAGUGCCUAGCAAUUUCAUUUUUGGGGUGCUGUGGCCAAUAUUGGAACAGCGCCUCCUACACAACAAAUGGAGAACAAUGGCUGCAUCCCGCUCUGCUGGAGCAAGGGGGCGUGCAUCUACGCCCAGCAUCGUUUACCAAAAUAUGACGGCCAGCUAGCCCCAGUAAGAACAUCCGAGUCAGGCAUGGCAACGUCUUCCUACUUGGAGCCGAACCUUAAUCACUCCGCAGCAAGUGGGUGUGGAGUGAAAUCCCGCUCCGGCGGAUCCGGCGUCGGUACCAGCGGCUCUGCUGGCGGUCUUGAGCGGACUCCGGGUUCUAUGGACCGGGUUCUGAAGAUCUUUCACUACUUUGAGACAAAUAGUGAACCCAGCACCUGGGCGAGCAAUAUCAGACACGGUGAUGCUACGGACGUCAGGGGCGUCAUUCAGAAGAUCGCCGAAAUCCACAAAUUGCGCUGCGUCACCUCACUUGGCCUGCGUUUAACCCAUCUGCACACGGACGCGCGGCAUUGGUUGCAUCCUGACUUGGGAGUCUGCCAUGUCAGGGAGAAAUAUGAGAAACAGCACCCGCAAGAGGAGUGGAGGUAUGAGCUCCGAAUGCGCUACUUUCCUAAAGGUUACCUUAGUCAUUUCUCAGAAGACAAACCCUCGCUCAACUACCUCUAUCACCAGGUAAAGAGUGAUUACAUGCAACAUAUCGCCGAUCAAGUGGAUCAAGAGGUUGCUUUGAAACUCGGCUGCCUAGAGAUAAGGCGUUUCUUCAGAGAGAUGCCAGGAAAUGCCCUCGACAAGAAAUCCAACUAUGAACUCCUAGAGAAAGACGUUGGUUUGAGAAGGUUUUUCCCCAAAAGCUUGCUGGACUCUCUUAAGGCAAAGACGCUUCGUAAGCAUAUCCAACAGACGUUUAAGCAGUUCGCCAACCUCAACGAUGAGCAGAGCAUCCACAAGUUUUUUGAAAUCAUCUCUCCCAUCUACCACUUCGACAAGGAGUGCUUCAAAUGCGCAUUAGGGUCCAGCUGGGUCAUAUCAGUAGAGUUAGCGAUCGGACCAGAGGAAGGAAUCAGCUACCUCACAGACAAGGGCUCAACGCCCACCCAUUUAGCGAACUUCAACCAGGUUCAAUCCAUCCAGUAUUCACCCUUGGAGGAAAAGGACAGGAAAGGCAUGCUGCAGCUCAACGUGGCAGGAGCUCCGGAGCCUCUCACGGUCACCACAGCGUCACUGACGACAGCGGAAAACAUGGCCGACCUGAUUGACGGUUACUGUCGACUCUUCUCCUCAACAAGUCACUCCUUCAUCGUCAGAAUCCACAAAGAGGGCGAUAGAGCGCUACCAUCCAUCCCAAAAGUAUCAAAUCACGAGAGGCGGAUGGAAAAACGGAUGGACGGCGUACGAACCAGAGCAGUUUGUGUGUCAGAAACAGACGACUAUGCUGAGAUCGUAGAUGAGGAGGACACCUAUACAAUGCCUUCAACACAGGACUACGAAAUUCAACGGGAUUGCAUUGAACUGGGCCGCUGCAUAGGCGAGGGUCAGUUUGGGGACGUCCACCAAGGAGUCUACAUCAGACCGGAAAACUCGGCAUUGUCUGUGGCAGUAAAGACGUGUAAGAAUUCAACAUCAGACAGCGUCAGGGAGAAAUUUCUCCAAGAAGCAUUAACCAUGCGUCAGUUCGACCAUCCUCACAUCGUCAAGCUGAUGGGCGUCAUUACGGAGAAUCCAGUCUGUAUCAUCAUGGAGCUUUGCACGCUUGGAGAGUUACGUUCUUUCCUGCAAGUGCGGAAGUACAGUCUAGACCUGGCCACGCUGAUUUUGUACUCCUACCAGCUCAGCAUGGCGUUGGCCUACCUGGAGAGCAAACGCUUUGUGCACAGGGAUAUAGCGGCACGAAACGUCCUAGUAUCGACCGUUGACUGUGUGAAGCUGGGUGACUUUGGUCUCUCAAGGUACAUGGAGGACAGUUCUUACUACAAAGCAUCGAAGGGUAAGCUGCCCAUUAAAUGGAUGGCUCCCGAAUCGAUCAACUUCAGAAGAUUCACCACAGCUAGUGACGUCUGGAUGUUUGGUGUCUGUAUGUGGGAAAUUCUGAUGUAUGGCAUCAAGCCUUUCCAAGGUGUAAAAAACAACGACGUCAUCGGGAGGAUAGAGAAUGGCGAACGACUGGCCAUGCCCCCUCAGUGCCCUCCUACCCUGUACAGCUUGAUGACAAAGUGUUGGUCGUAUGAUCCAAGCAAGAGGCCGCGCUUCAACGAACUGAAAACCCAGCUCAGUACCAUACUAGAGGAGGAGAAGGCCCAGCAGAAGGAAAGAAACAGGAUGGAGAUGAGGAGGCAGGUCACUGUAUCUUGGGACUCGGGAGGGUCUGAUGAAGCGCCACCAAAGCCCAGUAGGCCCGGAUACCCCAGCCCCCGCUCCAGUGAAGGCUAUUUCCCCAGUGCCCAGCACCCUGGCCACUACCAGAUGGCGGGUUACCCCGGCCCUCACACGCUCCCGUCGGUGCCCAGUGCCCUUUACCCCCCGCAGGCCGCGAUGCUGGAGACUCAUCACGCGCACACGCACCCGCGCCACCACGUCCACGCGCACUCGCACGUGCAGCAUCUGCCGCAGCCUCACGGGCAGGACGUGGCACAUUGGGGCUCAGCGAUGGAGGACAGGGAAAUAGACACGCAGCAGUGUGUAGGCCAGCAGUGCCUGUUAAUGGAGGAACAGCUGAUGAUACAGCAGCAGCAGAUGGAGGAGGAUCAGAGGUGGCUGGAGCAGGAGGAAAGGCUGCUGAAGCCAGAAAACCGAAGUUCCCGAGGAAGUCUGGACCGAGAUGACGGAGGACUGCAGCCACCAACGGGAAACCAGCACAUAUACCAGCCCGUUGGCAAAGCAGAGCUCGCGGCCCCCCCGAAGAAACCACCCCGACCCGGGGCCCAGAGCCAAGGGUGCAGUCUGGUCGGUCUGAACGCUGCGGACAGCUACAAUGACGGAGUGAAGCUGCAGCCCCAAGAGAUCAGCCCCCCUCCCACGGCCAACCUGGACCGCUCCAACGACAAGGUGUACGAGAACGUGACGGGCCUGGUCAAAGCCGUGAUCGAGAUGUCCAGCAAGAUUCAGCCGGCUCCUCCCGAGGAGUACGUCCCCAUGGUCAAGGAUGUGGGCCUCGCAUUGAGGACGCUGCUGGCCACAGUUGACGAGACGCUGCCGCAACUUCCGGCCAGCACGCACCGAGAGAUCGAGAUGGCGCAAAAGCUUUUGAACUCCGACUUGGCGGAGUUGAUUGGGAAAAUGAAGUUAGCGCAGCAGUACGUGAUGACCAGUCUCCAGCAAGACUACAAGAAGCAGAUGCUGACCGCCGCUCACGCCCUGGCGGUGGACGCCAAAAAUCUGCUGGAUGUCAUCGACCAAUCCCGGCUCAAGAUGCUGGCCCAGUCCCGCCCCCACUAGCCUCACAAGCGCCGUCUACAGACCGCCGGAUCCGGCCGCUUCCUUGUCAGCGACUCGCGAGGCGGGCGCCCCGAUGCCGUCGUCACCUCGGACGAGUCCUUAUUUAACUCCGCGCCGCCGCGAGAUCUUUUUAAAGAAGCGGGAAACAAAAACAAUUCCUGAAUCAGGGAUUUGUCACCGUUGCUCCGUGCGGACGAGACCCGGGAGAGGGGGAAAAAGUACGACGGUUUUAUCAGAGGAGAAACCGUGGGCGAGCCCGGCGUGACCCAAGUCCAAAACGGUUCAGGUUCUCAGUGUCGGGAGUAAGCCAAGCCAUCAGAAGCGGACUCUUCCGGCUUCAGCAUAUCGCGAGGAAGAGACUCCAGCAUGUCUGCAGUUUUCUUUCCCGGUCACGUGACGCGGAAACCUUCAACGUCUCCGUGCCCAAUUUGUUCUUCCGCUUCCCGUUUCACCGCCGUGUCGCCCCUUUUUUUUUUUAUUUAUAUUUAUAGCAUCGCAAACGAGACGAAGGAAAGACACGAUGCAAGACAAGGAAAAAAAAUGUAUUUUUUUUUCUUUUCAUUCUUUUUGACUUCUCACAGACUCUUCCUGUUGUCUUCCUCCCUCUGCUCCGGUCUGAGCAGUUUUGACAGACUUUAACGAAGCCGCCUCAGCUCUCACUCGACCCAGUUCGCUCCUCUUCUGCCGGAUGUUUUUUCUUUGAAUUAUUAUCGUUAUUAUUGUGCAUCUAUUUUUUUCCUCUUGUUUUUUUUUUUUUUCUUCUUGGUCUAAAGAGAAAAUCUCAUACACAUUCGAUCCCAGCAGUCGGGCGACGGGGGACGAGCCGUCUCUUCGUCGCGCUUUCACCGUUCCCGCCGUCGUAUCCGCGACUCGAGCGCGGAGCGGGGGUGGAAGGCCGCGGGGGUCCGGCGAACUCGCCGGGAACGAACCGAAAAGGCAAAAAGCUUGCGGCGUGACGCGGCGGCGUGGAGGAGAGCGUAUUUGCACAGCACCAAAAUGAUUCGAGUACAGUAGUUGGAUCCGGGUUUGAUUCUCGCGUCAGGCACCUGGGUUACAAAUGUAAAGUAAACAGUUUAUUUUAUCUCUUUGUUUUUCGUGUAAAUCUGAUCGUGUCGGGAUACUGUACAUUAUUGUAAACUGUGGCGGUUUGCGUCACUGGUCACGUGUACAGAAGUCGACGAGUCAACACUGGUUUUUAUUUUGUCUUCUGGGCUUCGUUGGCCUUCUUGUUACAUAGCGGGGG